AUGUCUGAAAUCUCCGAAAAAAUAUUGGAAAUAGAAAGAAAUAUUCAUGAGGGCGAAACGAUGCUUUCGGUCCUUCAUCGGUUGCCCGAAUCUGAGGUUCGAAUCUUCGAUUAUUUCAUUCUAGUUUUAAUUAAGGAGACUAAUGCACAAAUCAAUCGUUUCCAAGAUCUUGUCCGGCAACUUGAAGACUACCGGGAUCGGUAUAAAGCCCUUGAGGUGUCACCUACCAACAAUAUCGAAUCUCAAGUGGAAGCCCUUCGUCAUAAACACGAUGGAAUAAAACUCCUUUUUGAACAGUCGGUUGCUAGGGAAUCUCUGUCUGCUGCGAAACACUCGCCGUCAAACGCAAUCAGCGGUCAGCCUCGAGAAUUCCACAGGCACAGAUCGUCUCCAGAUCCCACACAAUUACAUGCAAAUAGCUCUUCGGAAGUUGGAGACGGGUCUGUUCGAAGAGCGGCUGUGUUGUCUGGGGAUACGCCUGAUGAUAACGAUCAUUCAGAUGAUGGCAAUUACGUCAUAGAACCGUCAGAGUGGCAUCUCCACUACCAAGCUCAAACAAGCCAACUGUCAAGCAUGUUAUCCCAAAUUAGUUGCUUCCAAGAAAUGGUUGGUCGUCUUUCAAGACUCGUUAUCGGUCUGGGGAUGACUGAGGCAGCAACUCUUUUAAGUGAUGUCGGACAGCGUUUCACUGAGGUUCAUGUGAGACUCAUUUCACUCCACAAAGCCUAUGAGGCACUUUACAACCACGAGAAUUCAUCGAGUGAAUUCAGAGCCAGUCAGCUCAAAGAAUUACGCGUCUUCCUGAUAACCCUCGGUCGAAGUUUGGAAGUGACCAAAGACUGUUUCCACUCUGUUGCGGACGUCGUCAAGAGGGUUUUUGCCGGCCAGUCCGGCGAUGACCCAACUCAAGGCGAGACAAUGCCCGAGGGGUUGGGCGAGUCGGAGCCACCCACGUCUGCGGCUGGUCCUAGUCAAUCCGAGGCCCUUCCGACGAACGGUCCGGCUAGAGAGGAUUCGCCCUCCGCAUCAGAGGCGAGUCGUCUGCUUAACCAAACAACUAUGGAGCUCGCCUUAGCCGAUCUGUGCAAACAGCGAGAUGACCUUCUUAAUCAGCUGGCCGAAGUUCGUUCCAAAAGCCUUGACAGUGCUGCGUCACCAAAGGGCGAGCACAGCGACUUCGCAGACCUUGCCUUGAACCCAUCUGCCCCGAGCGGUCAUCACAGCGGCAAUCAGCAGGCUGUGGCACCUGCACCAAAUGCAGAGCCUGCUGCAGGUGUGGUUGUGGCUGAGUCGUUGCCCAUCCUGAAACGUCUUCAGGCCCGAAAAGAGCAUCUGGAGGAGUUGAGAAGCGAACUCCGAUCCUUCUCCUUUUCAAACAGCGAUGAGAUGGAAGCCCAGGGCACACCCAUCGCCACUUCCAAAGACAACGCACAGUCGGUGCCUCCGCCUUCCAGUGUGCCAACGCCGAAUGUUUCCAUUAAAGUGCCGUCACCGUCGCCUCACGCUAGCGUCACAACCACGAAUUCUGUUUUGGCAACCUCGAGUCUUGCCAACAGCCACAUCCCAGCCCGUCGUCCCAACACCCAAGGUACCACAUCCAUCGCUAGCAGUGACAGCGACGCCGUCACUCAGAAGUGCGAAGUCGUCACCUUCCAGGAACCAGAGGCCACUUACUCGGACAACACAGAACGGCUGUACAAAAGCAUGCGGGAGGCCCGCAUCUGGCGGGAGGAACACCGUCAACAGCCAGUUGACUCGUCAGGCGGUGAAAAGGACGUCACCAAAGGGGGUGGUUGCAACCGCCUGCGCAACGGCCUCGCCACCGUACCCUCCGAAUCAACUAGCUGCAUGGACGCCACCGCAAUGGCAACCUGGGGAGGAGAUUCUGAGCGCGACGACAACGACAUCGAGGACGACGACGAUGACGCUGUGGCUGGCGAAGAAUUCAUCGAAGAUGUCCCAAGCGUUGUUAGCUCCAGGAGCAGUCGAGCCAAUAAGCGUUUUGUCACAGCUAGUAGCUGUUCAGGAACCGACGGAGGCGGUAACACCCCGCGUGACUGCCUCGCUGUUAACACGAACCCGCAUGAAUCGAACGGCGUGAUCAGUCUGCCACAUCUAGGUCACAGCCCGUCUCCUCGUACUGGUGGUAGCGGUGGCCGUGGUGGUGGUGCGUCCAGGGCCGCAGCAGCAGCUGCUGGGACCAGCACUUCGAACCGUCUCCGCCAUCCACCUCCUCGGGUCAUCCGUCCCACUCGGACUGAGCUCAACGGCGCAUCGGACCUCGUCCCCUUCGAGCAAUAUCUCACGAGGCCCCUCGCCACCAGUACGUUUCUUGUGGUCAUGCUCGCUUUGCCUGCCACCUUUUCUGAUAGGGUCUUCGUCAUUCGUUUUUCCCUCCUGCUCUACGUUGGCGCUAAAUUAGCCAGCCUCGAGUUUAAAGUGGAGCAGCUUUCCCAGACCUGUCAGCUUUUGGUUACCGAGAAUGCCCGUCUCAACUCCGCUAUGUGUGUCCUCCUGGCCAAUCAACGUCUGCCUCCGAACGCUACUACCCCCACCGCUGACUGGUCAACUCAUCCACACAAUGGUGAUGUGUUUGCCACACCGCCCAUGCUGUCAGUUCCAACGGCUGGGCUCUUUGCGUCGCCGACGCCGCAUUUUCGACCGCCCGCCUUGGCACCCGAAAGCAUCAGUGGCGUCUCGUCUGUCCGCUCACUAGCUCCUGCCCCCCCUACUCCCACCUUACAACAGCACAACUCACCAUCGGUCGAGAACGCUUGGGACCAAGUUCAGAUGCUUAGAGCUCAGGUAACGGAACAAAACUCGCGCCUGAAUCAACUUCAAAGCGAACUUCACCUAGCGCUUCAAAAGCAGCAGCAGCAGCAGCGCUACUCAGGAAGUGGUGAGGCGGUCAUUGGUACCAACCAUCACUUGGCGUCGUCAUCUGGUAUUCCCGAUUAUCAGCCGCCCGCGGUAUUGGGACCGACCUCUGCUCUCGCCUCGCUCCUGGCCCUUCAGCAAGCUGUUGCUGAUGUUGCCACUAACCUCCAGUCGCGUCAGCCGGCCACCGCAGCGCGUAAUCCCACCAAAACCGCCUGGCCCCCCGUUCCGCCGAAACCGUAG